AGUAGUUAGGGGUAUAAAAGAGAAGCCAGGAGAACAAACAGCACUGAAACUAAAAGUGAAGAGACGAGAAGAAGCGAGACACUCAGCACCAGCAGAAAUUAACAAUGGCAGACACAGCAGUUGCAACUCCCGCCGACAAGAAGGCGCCCCCCAAAUUCAAGCAGAGGACCACUCGCACCUUCAAGAGUAAGGCCCCAAAGCCUGGCCAGAAGGGAUUCGGAGACGACAUCCCUGGCAUGGAGGGUCUGGGCACAGACAUCACAGUGGUUUGCCCUUGGGAAGCCUUCGGUGACAUGGAACUCAGUGACCUGGCCAAAUACGGAAUUGUCUAGAACAUCUCAAGUCUUGCUCCUCUCAGUGCUCAAUUACCUCAAACCCGUUUUCCUACUUCCCCCAGCACCACUAGUUUCAAACUUCCUGAUGUCUUUCUUUGCUAGGCACAUCAUGGGAUCUUGAGAAACUUUCCCCAGGUGAUCCAAACAUGUUAAAAUAUAAUAACCAUGCAUUCAUGUUUAUACUUGAAAUGAGGAUCUAAGCACAACCCACACCCGCUGCUAUUCCUUACCUGCCUUUACCAAUCCAUGACCCCGCCAAUACCCCAGGAAUUUUUCCUUCUUAUUGUACAGCUAUUUAUGGAAGAAAUGUAUUUGUAUUUUUAUGACCAAUGCAAAUGGCAACUUGGACACAUUUUCCUCCAUAGGAAUGGGAGUUACAGUUGAAUAGACCUGAGAAUAAAUGUUGUCCCCGGAAAA